UCCAAUAGGUUAAGCAUUUGGAGUAGAUGGUUGUUUAACAUUAACAAGUGCCACAGCCUUAAAUUCCAUGCAGAUUGGCUAUCAGAUGUGUUACUUGUUGGAAUAAUAUGUUUUUAUUCUGGCAUUUGUGUUAUACAGUCUUGUAAACUGUCACAUUUGAUUUGGCCCAACAUUAGUAGAGAAGCUGAAAACUUCUACCGCGAUGUGUUGAUAUGGUAUAUGCUGCAUAAUGCUUGCAUUCUUCCUGCAGUUAUCCUUGUGGAUUUUCCUUCUUUUUUUUUUGUUAUUUACAUUGAUUUCAGCUAGUAUAGUCAUGUUAUAAUGAGUGGUUUGAUUCAGAAUUUGUCUUCGUAACCAAAAAAUAUGGAAGCACAGGCAAGGCAUGGAACUCGUGCCCCUACAAAGAAAAGGAUGCGGGAAUUAGAAUCUUUAGAGGCCCACUUGGAGGUCCUUCUACAAGAUGCAAAAGAACUGAAAUUGUCCUUUGCAGAAAGUUCCUGCCUGGUUAUGGAAAUGGGAAUCUCCUUGGAGAGAAGCAGAGAAAGAUUUCCUGAACUGUUUAAAGAGGAUUACCACCCAGAUGUAUAUCUCAUAAAAACCACCCAGGUCCCUCGGGCAUCAGCUAGUGCCGUGGCAUUUGGCAUGGGGCUUUUUAGUGGGAAAGGAAAUCUUGGACCACAACAUCAUCGAGCUUUUGCAGUUACAAGUGAAAGUCGUGCAAGUGAUAUAAUGCUGAGAUUUCAUGAUUGUUGCCAAAAUUACAAGGCUUUUAGGAAAAGUCAGGAGCCUACUGUUCAUAAACUUAAGGAACCCAUCUUAGAUGAGAUUAUGCGUGCAUUAGUAAGGCGAUAUGAGCUAAAUUUUACAAGGCAGGAUACCUCUUCCUCUGGUUUUUAUGCAAACAG